AUGGAUGUUACAUCCGGUUUUAGGGCAUAUGAUCAAGACAGAACUAUAUCAUAUCAAGCUAAAAGACUAUACAAAGAGAAUUCUAUAAAUUACAAGAAGUAUUACGAUGAAAAAAUCAGCGAAUGGAUGCAUGAUGACAAACUUGAGGGAGCACCUAAGUUUAAUAACGAAGACCUAGUUAAAAGCUUAUCGAGAAUCGCACGGACAAUAGAUAAUACACAACCAACGGAUUUAAUUAUGAAUCCUCCUUUAAUAUUACAGCAAUUUCAAAAAUAUUUACUUAAAAAUAUUCCUUCUGCAUCAUAUUCAAUACUUGUCAAUACAUUUCCUCCAGCUUUUCCGAAAAAUUUAGCAUCAUCUGAAGCAAUCCUCAAAUCCAUCAUUAAAAUCAUUUGUAUAAGUCAAAAUCCAGCAAAAUCAUUAUCCUGGUUCAUUAACUGCGUUUUUCCUACAGAAUGGAAAUCAAAUGUUCCAGAUGCACUGAGAGCUGCUUGCAAUGCCAAGACAAAUGACAAAUCAAUUGCCUGGGCAUCUCUUUCAAGUCAGAAAAAGCUUUGUGUUUCCUCCAGUUUCAACAAUUCGCCAUUCCGAAUUUUCAUCAGAUUGACAGCAGCCAAAGCAAAGAAAGUAGGGCCAAGAUUGAUAUUCUACGGCGAAGAUGGAACCGAGAUCUGCAAGUUCAUGCCAAUUAACGAAAAGAUUAUCCCUUAUUGGGUGAAAUCUUUCGACAAAAAACCAGUUCAAUUUUUCACGUUUUUGAAUGACAUUGUUUUUCCUGUUGCUCCCGAAGUCACAAACACUUUGUACAAGAUGCUGACUACAAGAGACAUGUUCUACACUAGAGCUUUGUUGCAGCCUGAUUUGGUUGGAGUUUUAGACAGAAAAGACAUCUUUAGAAGUUUGUUGAACAUUGCACAACAUUCAGGAAAGAUUGUUUUGCUCAUCAACACGUUUUUGUCGACUGUUUUCUCCCAGCCACAGUCAACAAUUGACCACUUAUGCUCUUCUGAGUCUCUUCUCCAUGAUUUUUACUAUGUUUACUUCGAAAAGUUUUCUUACAAAUUCUUUUUGAAUUUUGCAGACAAAAUCGUUCGAUAUAUCAACGAAAAGAGCAUUCCAAAAGUUCAAAACACAGAAGAAGGAAUCAAAUACGUGGAAACUGUUGUUUUCACAUGCAUUAAAUACAUCAUGGAUUCAGGAAGUUUUAUUCCGUUAGAAAUAAGAAUUUUGGCAUUUUUUGUCAAAAAUUACUGUGAAGCAAAGUUCAACAAACAGAUUGGAACAUUCAGAGUUUUGUCUGAUAUGUUCUCUACACAGUUGUUAUGUCCAUUUAUUGCUAAUCCUGCUUUGGUAUUCCCGAAUUAUACUUACCAGCAAAAAAGUUUUCCUAUUUUGAUUACAAAUAUUUUGAAUUGUAUUUUAACUCUUUCUGAAGUCGAAAAGAUGUAUCCACAGUACGGUAGAUUCGACCAGAGAGUUCUUAAGAAAUACAUGAAGAAGAUUUUUGAUUUCACGCUUGAUUUAGCAAACACACAAAUCGAUGACUUCAAAAACGAGGAAGAAGAAAAAGCAGAGAUAAAUUUGUUGAAUGAACAAAUUGAAGAAGAUCCAAAAGUAAAGGAACAAAAAGAGAAAGAGCAGAAACUAUUAGAAGAACAAAACAAAUUAUUCGGAAAAGCAGAAGACAAAGAUGUUGUGGAAUCAGUUGAAUCAAUAAUGAAAUGGAUUUCUUCAAAUAAUCAACAAUUCAUGAAAUCCAUUGAUGAUUUGAGAGAUAAAAGGAAAUUGUCUGCUUCUUCUGCUGGUUGGGCAAUUGCAACUCAUGUUUCGAAGUAUUUUGCGGAUAUACAACCAGACAUGAGCCAAAUUGAUGCUCCUCCAACAACAGUCUUUUCGACUUCAACUGCAACAAUUCAGGAGAAUGAAGAUGAAGAUGAAAAAUCGAAAACUUCAACAAUAUCAAAAACUGGUUCAUCAACUUCCGAAGAUUUCAUGUCAACUGAUUCCGAAUUCACAUGGACAUAUGAUUCUAGAGUCACUCAUGAUGCAGGAAACACUGUUUUUGACGACGAUUUGGAGCCCGAAACAACUUUCGACGCUUUGGAAAUUGCAAUUAAACUUAACAUGUUGGAUAAAGAGACAGAAGAAAAACUCAUUGCAAGAAGAAAGAAAGGAAUAAAGAACGGUGAAGAAGAAGAGUCAAUAGAGAGUUUGCAAUCAAUGCCAACAUCGGUUGCACCAGAAGAAGAGGAAGAAGAACAAAAAGAAAAGAAAGUUGAAGAGGAAGAAACAGCUGAAGAAGAAAAAAUUGAAGCAAGAGAAAUUGAUAUACAAGAAAAUUCUCCACCACAAACAAAAUCAAAUUCUUUUGAGUCAACAAAGGUUUAUUCGCAAACAACAUUCAACACAGGUUAUACAUGUGAAACAUUGGAUGAAUAUUCUUACUCAAUCACAGCAACAACAGACAUGACAGGAGAAGUCGAAGAAACAAUAGAACAAACAGACAGACACAAAAGAAGACAUCAUUCUAAACAAAAGAAUGGAACUUACACAUUCACUAGCACAACAAACGAUCCGGAAUCCGAAUCUACAAUGAAGAGCGAGAAUGAAAAACCAUAUACUCCUAGAACUAAAACCUCAUCAUCAAUUAAAGAAAGAGAUCUAAAAGAAAUUUCUGGAGAAAAAGAUGAAAAAGUUGCAAAUGAAGAAGAGAAAAAGAAGAAACAUAAAAUCAGGAGAUCUAAGAAGAAACAGAUGCAACAACUUGCAGCUAAUAAAUCCCGUCAGUUUCCAAUUGUUGAGUCGUUCACAAUUCUUGCCCCUGACCAAGAUGGCGUUUCCAAAGUUAUUGUUUAA